CUGCACUACGGGACCCUCCUGGGCAGCAGAGCUUGUGUCCACAUGGCAGCAGCUGCCUGGGCCACUGGGUUUCUCCAUGCUCUGCUGCACACGGCCAAUACAUUUUCACUGCCCCUGUGCAAGGGCAAUGCCCUGGACCAGUUCUUCUGUGAAAUCCCCCAGAUCCUCAAGCUCUCCUGCUCACACUCCUACCUCAGGGAGAUUCGCCUUAUUGUGAUAAGUGUCUUGCUAAUAUUCGGGUGUUUUGUGUUCAUUGUGGUGUCCUAUGUGCAGAUAUUCCGGGCAGUGCUGAGGAUCCCCUCUGAGCAGGGUCGGCACAAAGCCUUUUCCACCUGCCUCCCUCACCUGGCCGUGGUCUCCCUGUUCCUCAGCACUCUCAUGUUUGCCCACCUGAAGCCCCCCUCCAUCUCCUCCCCAUCCCUGGAUCUGGUGGUGUCUGUUCUGUACUCAGUGGUGCCUCCAGUUGAGCAGGGAUGUGAGGAUGGUGUAGGAAAAAGGCUUUGUCAAACUGUCUCAGGAGUGCUGUUCUGGCAUCAUGCAGUCAAGCAUGAGAGUGCUGUAGAAAACAGUGGCACUGGUGAGGUGAGAGGGCCAGGUGGAGAAGGUCUUCUGCCUGUCUGCACCGGGGUGAAGAGCAGCAAUGCAUUCACAGGAUGCCCAUGUGAAUGGGAAGAGGAAAACUGGCUCUAA